CUUCCAAAGAGGGGGGGGGGGUCCUUCCUUUGUCCUAAAGUUUCAGAAUAUUUAUAUUGAGCAUCCCUCUCCAGACACAUAGUUAGGAAGGUGGGGCCUUCCUUCCCAAAGAAGAACUCUGUGUGGCUCCAAAGCUUUCGCUGCUUUUUACUAUCGGGAGCCCGUUUCCGGACGGACGCAAACUGAAGCAGCUUCCCCUCUGCAAUCCAAUUUGCUCUUUACAAAAGAAAACUCCUUGUUCUCUCUCCCUGUCCUUUGCUCCUGGUUUUCUUUGCUGGGAGGGACACAAUGGGGCUUUUCAAAAGUGGCCCAAAUUGGACGUUCCUCCUUUUGUGGCUCCAGGCAUCGGGAGGAGAGAGUUUCCUCAUCAAAAACUCCCGGCUGGGGAAGUGCAUCCACGUCUUCCCCCACGCGGUUGACCAAGUGGGCCUCUCCGAAUGCAAGCCCCAUUCCCUCCACCAUCAAUGGCGCUGGAACCUGGCUGUGAAGGCCGUGGUCAGCCUCGCAACCAAGCAAUGCCUGUCGGUCUCCCACCCAGAAGAGUUUGCCUUGGCACAGCUAGCGGCCUGCGAAGAAGAAGGGUCACCCCAGGGCUGGGCCUGCAGCCAAAAGGGACACCUCACCCUGCAAGGCUCUGGCCUCCACCUCACCACCAAACCUGGUGGGCACAAGGCCUUCCUGUCCAAAGAGAAGGACAAGUUCAGCAGGUGGAAGACGCUCACUGACAAGAUAGUCUGUGCUGGAGAACCAGACGUGAUGGAUCCUGGAUUUGGAGAUCAAGUGGAGGAAUCUCUAGACCCCCUGGAGUGGGUCCCAGAAAGUAAAUCUACAGCUUCUCUUGAGCUUCACAUGACGUUUUCUGUUGAGGCUACCACUGUCCCUCCAGCCACCAUUUGGGAAGAUUUUUCUAACAUCACCAGCACUUUUUCAAAAAAUGAGGAUGGGGACUUUGUAGAAGAUCAAGAGAGAUACACCCAUCAUAAAAAGCAUCCAAGGAAAGCUGCAGGUUCCCGACAUCCAGGUACCAACUGGAAAACAGUCAUGCUUGUCCUCAGUCCGGUGGCUUUUAUCCUGGGACUGGUCAUUCUCCUGCUCAAUAUCCACUACAACAGGAAGAAGAAGAGGAUGUUGUCUGCUUUGAAGAGCCGGCAGGUGAGGCAGGAGGAGGGCCUGUCCUUACCUGGGACACCUGCCUCCAGCCCUAAGGUGCAGGUGGCCCCAGCGUUCCCUUCGCCUUCGCUAAAACACGGGGAGAUUCUGAUCGAAUGGAAGGACGGGACCAUCACCCCUCUCUUUGACGGCACGAGCGAGCAGAGAUGCUAAAUGGGACUUGAGCUGAAGGUGUUGCUUUUAAGUGGAGUUUAUUUGCACAAAGUGCCUUUGUACUGCCUUUAUUUAGAGCUGGCAUGGGCAAACUUUGGCUCUCCCUCCAGGUGUUUUGGACUUCAACUCCCACAAUUCCUAACAGCCGGUAGGCUGUUAGGAAUUGUGGGAGUUGAAGUCCAAAACACCUGGAGGGAGAGCCAAAGUUUGCCCCUACCCACUCUAGAUCAACCAUGCUUUACCAUCUAGCUGUCACUAACCAAACACCCUCAUUCAAAUGCUGCUUGUUUUAAAAUAAAUAAAAUACUCAAUGUCAGUGUGGAUACAACUGUUUCUCAUACUGGCCAUUACAAGUUUGCAUAGAUCACCCCAAUAAAGGUCUGCAUUUGCCUCCUGG